AUGGAGCUGCUCGCGUUGGAUGAGGAUUCGCUGAUGGAAAUAUUUUCCUACUUUUGCUUCAACGAGCUACUAGUGCUAUCUUCGGUCUGCAAACGGUUCCUGCACCUUUGCCAACGGCAUCUGCGGAAAAUACGCCACUUCGAGCUCGACUACCGCAGUGUGGCGGGACGCGAAAAUUAUCCGGAUUAUCUUCGCAACGUGUUUACCAGCCUUGGACCAACGCUAGAAGCGUUCCGCUUUUCCGGUGGAUACAUAAUGGACGAAAUGUUAAAACAACUCAUUGUGGACGGUGUGGCCGUCCACUGUACGAACUUGCGCCACCUAACCAUCAACUAUACGAUCCUUAACGAACAUCAGCUACGAUCGCUGGCCGCACUGUUGGGAACGCUCGUGCAUCUUGACCUUGGUCGCUGUGAUCUAACCGACGAAAGUUUGGGCGAGUUUCUGCGAUCGCGACCACUGAAACUGCAGACAUUGGCCAUACCGGGGAACACCAAUUUGUUGGGUGCAUUUUUCAAAGAUUGGACCACAGCGUAUGAUUUGCAGCAGCUUGAUUUAAGCUACUGCUUUUCUUUGAAUGUGCAAGAGAUGGAUGAGUUUUUAACGCACCAUGCCAAACGUUUACGGGCGGUCGAUGUUACCGGAAGCCUUUGGUUGCAGCGCAACAAGGAUAUUUUUGGGAAGGAUGGCCGAUCGAUAACGAUGGGAACGAACCUACCGGUGUUGGAGUACUAUAAAGCGGGCUAA